UUUUUCCUUUUUUCUUUCUCGUCCACGUUAGAUUUUUUUUCUCUUAUCUCUCUCGUCCAUUUUCGUGAGCUGUCUUGGACGUAGCUUAUCGUAGCUAUUCUCGUGUCCCUCUCCCAGACUCCCACCACCACACAAACUGCCCUCGCGGCCUCGCCCGUCGCCCCUCUCGAUCACUUCUCUCCCGACACUCUCUCACUCCCGUGUCGUGUCUAGCGCCGACGGCGUUGCUACCGGAGCCGGCCAGCGGCCACGAUGCCUACAAUGCACGCGCUUCGCCUAUGCCCGCUGCUCUCCACCAUCCGAUCCACACCACCGCGGGCCACUGCCGCAGCCCGCCAGGGCGCGCUCUUCGUCGCCCGCUGCUCCUCCGCCGGGACGCCGUCAGCCGCCCAGGCGCUCAAGAUCAGUUCAAUCCCGACCAAGCCAGUUGAGGGGCAGAAGACUGGGACUAGUGGCCUGAGGAAAAAGGUGAAAGUAUUCCAGCAGGAGAACUACCUUGCUAAUUGGAUUCAGGCUCUAUUCAAUUCCUUGCCCCCUGAAGAUUAUGUGGGUGCAACCCUUGUACUUGGGGGUGAUGGCCGGUACUUUAACAAGGAGGCUGCUCAGAUCAUCAUUAAGAUUGCAGCUGGAAAUGGAGUUCAGAAGAUCAUAGUUGGCAGGAAUGGUCUACUGUCAACACCUGCUGUAUCUGCUGUAAUUCGUAAAAGAAAAGCCAAUGGCGGCUUUAUCAUGAGUGCAAGCCAUAAUCCAGGUGGACCAGACAAUGACUGGGGUAUUAAGUUUAACUACAGCAGUGGACAGCCAGCACCGGAGACGAUUACUGAUCAAAUUUAUGGAAACACACUAUCAAUUUCUGAAAUAAAAACAGCAGACAUUCCUGAUACUGAUUUGUCCUCUGUUGGAGUUGUAAGCUAUGGUGAUUUCGCCAUAGAAGUGAUAGAUCCUGUUUCAGAUUACCUUGAACUAAUGGAGAAUGUGUUUGACUUCCAACUUAUCAAGGAUUUGCUUUCUCGGCCUGAUUUCAGGUUCAUAUUUGAUGCAAUGCAUGCAAUUACUGGUGCGUAUGCCGGACCCAUUUUUGUUGAGAAACUUGGAGCUGAUCCGGACUGCAUAUUAAAUGGGGUGCCUCUUGAAGAUUUUGGAAAUGGCCAUCCAGAUCCAAAUCUAACUUACGCUAAGGAGCUUGUUUUUACUAUGUUUGGAACCCAUGCACCUGACUUUGGUGCAGCAAGUGAUGGUGAUGGUGAUCGGAACAUGAUUCUUGGGAAAAGGUUCUUUAUUACCCCAUCAGACUCUGUUGCAAUAAUUGCAGCCAAUGCACAGACAGCAAUUCCUUAUUUCCAGUUUGGUACAAAAGGACUCGCGAGAUCAAUGCCAACCAGUGGUGCUCUUGAUCGUGUUGCCGAGAAAUUGAAUGUUCCAUUCUUUGAGGUUCCAACAGGCUGGAAAUUUUUUGGCAACCUAAUGGAUGCAGGAAAAUUGUCUAUUUGUGGAGAGGAAAGUUUUGGGACUGGAUCUGAUCACAUCAGAGAGAAGGAUGGCAUCUGGGCUGUUCUGGCUUGGCUUUCCAUACUUGCACACCGGAACAAGGAUAAGAAGGUCGGAGAGAGAUUAGUGUCAGUUGAAGAUAUUGCUAUGGAGCACUGGAAAACCUAUGGCAGGAAUUUCUUUUCUAGAUACGAUUAUGAGGCGUGUGAAUCACACAGUGCAAACCAGAUGAUGGAUCACCUUAGAGAUGUUAUGGCAAAUAGCAAGCCUGGAGAGAAAUACGGAAAUUACACCCUCCAAUUUGCUGAUGAUUUCAGCUAUACUGAUCCUGUAGACGGUAGUACGGUAUCAAAACAAGGACUUCGAUUUGUUUUCACUGAUGGAUCUAGGAUUAUCUUCCGGCUUUCGGGAACCGGAUCUGCUGGAGCUACUAUCCGCCUCUACAUAGAACAAUUUGAAUCUGAUAUCUCGAAGCAUAGUCUCGAUGCUCAAACAGCUUUGAAGCCUUUAAUAGACCUGGCUUUGUCUGUUUCGAAGCUCAAGGACUUCACAGGAAGAGAGAAACCUACUGUCAUAACAUAGGCCCUGUUUGUUUCGGCUUUUGGCAGCUUCUGGCCACCAAAAGCUACUGCGUACUGUCAAACGCUCAGCUUUUCAGCCAGCUUCUAUAAAAUUCGUUGGGGGCAAAAACCAUCUAAAAUCAAAUAAACACAUAAUCGGUUGAGUCGUUGUAAUAGUAGGAAUUCAUCACUUUCUAGAUCCUGAGCCUUAUGAACAACUUUAUCUUCCUACACACAUAAUCGUAAUGAUACUCAGAUUCUCCCACAGCCAGAUUCUCCCCACAGCCAGAUUUUCAGAAAAGUUGGUCAGAAAAAAGCUGAACCAAACAGCCCCAUAAUAUUUAGAUGUUGUUGUCCUCGGCCAUACCAACUGAGCAGCAUGGGCCAAGAAUUGAACUGAUGGAAAAUAUGUAUCAUUAGGACAAAUUCCGCCAGAAUAAGUUGUUCCUCGGAAGUGUUUUGAGCACCUCCAGCAUCUUCCAAAUAUAUCUCCAAUAAGAUAUUAGUGGGAUAACAUAUGGCAGAUGUUAUCAAAUAAUGUAAAUAUAGAUCGAACACGAGACAUGUUUUACGUGGAGAACUCUUGUAUGAAAAAAAAAUCAUGGAUGCUAACUCGUGAUUUUCAUUGUAUUCA